GCGCGACCCAAAGGCUCUUUUCAGAGCCGCCCACGCGCUCACGAGAGAGCUGCUCCCGCUGCGUUACAUUCUCCCUCUCGCAAAGAACUCGCCGUGGCUUUUACGGUUCAUACGAAAAUGAUCCCAGGCUUUCCUUCAGUGUAGCUUACUCAACUGCAUCUUGGCGGGUGUUUUCUACGAUUUUACAGUGGAGAUCAGCUAGCUACCCCCGUAAACAACACAAACCUAACGCUUGUGUGUCAUAAAACUGAGGUCCCUAGUAUCGUGAAUAUAAAGGUAGCAUUUCUAACUCGCACUUUCAAGACGGAUUAAGUUUCCUGCCGUUGCAGGUUAUUCUCUCGCUUCUGACUAGCUUCACACACGGCUGUUUGUUAAUAUGUCCCGGAGUAAGCUAUAAAGCUAUAAAAGAUGCAUGAAUGUUUCUGUUCCUUCAAACACAGUAAGGUUUAUUUUACCGUGACAAAGAGACUUUAUGAAAAUAUUAGACCUUAAGUGGAUUUUUCUGGUUGUCACUGGUGCUAAAGCUUAGCCACCGAAGCCGUAGGAAGCCACCCUUGUCCAAAUCUUUGCCACCCUUCCCACGAAUGGACAUUUUUAACGAAUUCAGCUACUCAACUCAGGAUGUCCCAAUCCUUUCCAAGCAGAGAGACAAUUUCCCGACCUGAAAGAAAACUGAAAAUGCUCCUACAUUGCAGUGUGUGAGGUUUCAUUUUCGUCCAAUCAAAUAAAACGUCUUUUCAGCUGUCCAGUGAGAGCCGUUUGAAACAACUGAGAUGGUGCCCCGCCCCACACUGCAUCUAGCCAAUUGUUGUCCAGCCCAGGAAAUUCAAACUUUCUAACGUUCACCUCACAGCAUUCAGCCAAUCAGGACUGUGAGGACGGUCUAUAAAUACUGAGCCAGCCGUUUCUUGCAGUUAUUUGUGGCGAUUUCCUCCAAGUAGUAAAAUGGCUCGUACCAAGCAGACGGCGCGCAAGUCGACCGGCGGGAAGGCGCCGCGCAAGCAGCUGGCGACCAAGGCGGCCCGCAAGAGCGCGCCGGCCACGGGCGGCGUGAAGAAGCCGCACCGCUACCGGCCCGGCACGGUGGCGCUGCGCGAGAUCCGGCGCUACCAGAAGUCGACGGAGCUGCUGAUCCGCAAGCUGCCCUUCCAGCGCCUGGUGCGCGAGAUCGCGCAGGACUUCAAGACCGACCUGCGCUUCCAGAGCUCGGCCGUGAUGGCGCUGCAGGAGGCGAGCGAGGCCUACCUGGUGGGGCUCUUCGAGGACACCAACCUGUGCGCCAUCCACGCCAAGCGCGUCACCAUCAUGCCCAAGGACAUCCAGCUGGCCCGCCGCAUCCGCGGGGAGAGGGCGUGAAGUCGAUACCGCAGUAGGGGCUCCUACCGAAAACAACCCAAAGGCUCUUUUAAGAGCCACAACUUCUCCACAAAGAGUGCUGAUAACUCCAAAAAAAUCAAAGACUGCAACGUAAUAUAUCACUUGUA